CUGAUGCAGCAGCAGACGACGGUUCUCUCCACCUCCCACGGCAGCUACCUGAGCCCAGGCGUCGCCUUUUCCCCUUGCCACAUCCAACAGAUCGGUGCCGUCAGUCUCAACGGGCUGCCAGCCGCUCCUAUUGCACCAACAUCAGGGCUACAUUCACCGCCUCUCCUGGGAACAGCAGCCAUGCCGGGACUGGUAGCACCCAUUUCAAAUGGGUUCACUGGAGUGGUACCGUUCCCAAAUGGGCAUCCAACCUUGGAAACAGUUUAUACCAAUGGCCUUGUGCCAUACUCAGCUCAGAGCCCUUCAGUAGCAGAGACUUUGCACCCAGCCUUCACAGGAGUUCAGCAGUAUGCAGCUGUGUAUCCAACCACCACCAUUGCUCCGAGCAUCCCUCAGCCACCGCCCAUCCUGCAGCAGCAGCAGCGAGAAGGUCCUGAAGGCUGCAAUCUCUUCAUCUACCAUCUCCCUCAAGAGUUUGGAGACAACGAGUUGAUGCAGAUGUUCCUGCCCUUUGGCAAUAUCAUUUCCUCCAAGGUAUUCAUGGAUCGUGCCACCAACCAGAGCAAGUGUUUUGGUUUCGUAAGCUUUGACAACCCAUCCAGCGCACAGACUGCUAUCCAGGCCAUGAAUGGCUUCCAGAUUGGCAUGAAACGUUUGAAGGUCCAGUUAAAACGACCCAAGGACGCUAACCAUCCCUACUGA